AUGCACCUCCACACAAUCCUCGCGGCCCUCGCGAGCGCGUCGCUCACCACCGCUCUCCCAAGCGCAAAUACACCGCCGAGAUCUAAGCCAGUAAAAACACAAGACAUCAUCAACGCACUAGCAGGAACAUACACCCUCGUCAACACUAGCAGCACUCUAAACAACGUCCCCGUCCCCGACGCCGCCUAUGGAGAGGCCCCAGUCGGCAUCCUCACCUAUUCAAAAUCCGGCUACAUGUCCGCCACGAUUGUCGCCACUGAGCCCGCCUUCCGUCCCAACCUGACAUUUCCCUACCAAGAGAACGACUCCGACGCUGACUGGGCGCUCAUUGGAAAACACAGCCUUGGAUAUGCAGGCCCAUUCAGCGUGAAUGAGGCGUUGCCGGCAAACAAGACGGGUGGACAGUUAUUCCACGGGCCGCUGGUGGUGGCUAAUGUGCCGACGUGGGUGGGUACCCAGCAGAAGAGGAACUACACGGUCAUCAAGGAGGGAAGGGAUACGCUAUUGCGGAUCGGGAGCGAGAGGGGUGGGGGUAUAGGGGUGCUUUGGUGGAAAAGAGUUGAUUAG